UCCUUUUCCUGGCUGUUGUGAGCUGGUGAUUUGCAGAGUGUUGAGGGGUGGAACUAAAUCCUGAGGAUCAAAUUUCUCUAGGGCAGAGUGGGAGGAAGGACCAGGUGGGCGGUGCUUUCUGUCCAGGAACCCAAAUCAGUACCUCUCAGCUGAUCCCUCCUGUUCGGGCUGUGGGGGUCCUGGGGUCUUUUCCCAGGCCUGGGAGACUCCACAGUCUGGUCAACAGCAGCAGGAGCUCAAGGUCCACAUUGAGGGCUGGGCCAGUCCCAUUGGGUCCCUCUACUCCCAGCUCCCUAAGGGUGUUCUGGAAGCCCACAGCCCAUGGUUGACAUAGCAGUAAAGGUCAGGCCGUCAAUGGAGACAAUCCAUGGUGGGGGUCGAGAGUGUGGGGAGUGGUUAUCAAAGGGAGAACAAAGGUGCACCUAGUACACCAGAAGAAAUAGAAGACAUUGAUUAAUAAAGGAGAAGAGUUCUGAAGACUACAAAAAAGGCAAGUCCACCCUGUCUCGUGGACACUCAGCUCUGGGGAGCCUUCUUUUUGGAGAAGUCUGUCUCCAUCACUUUCUUAGAUGAAACUUGCUUGCUGGGCUUGCCUUGUCUCUUGUCUGGUGUUCAGUCUUUGACUGUGGGGAACAAGGACCCCAUCUCCACCAGACCUGCAUCACUGUCCUGGGCCUCCUGUGCUGAAGCCUCUGAUGAAGGUGGAGUCUGGGGAGACUUGAGCCCUGCCGUGCCUCCUGCCCUGGGUGCCUUCCAUGCCAGGGCAUGUGGCUGGGGCAGAGGGGCUCAGUGCAUUUGCCAGCUGCUUCCCAGCACAGAGCCACAUUCCCUUGUAUGCAUCUCAGGUGUGGAGCUGGCCACCGGGUGACCUUGGUCAUGCAGGAUGAGCCCAGUGCCCCUGCUCAGGGAUGGUGAGGUCCAUCUGUGGUCAGGGCUACAGCUCCAGGUCAGCCUGAAGGGUCAGGUGUUCCUGCUGCCUGCCCCUGAGGGGCUGAGUUGUGGCCUAGGCCCCUGUGUGCCGCUUCUGGCUUGAACCCUGACAGCGUUCGCCUCUCUGAGGGGAAACCCUGACAGCCAGGCCCUCUCCAGGCUGCCCCUGGGCUGUCCCUAAGGAUGAAGUUGAAAGAGGUGGCAGCAGCUCAGCCUCCCGGGGGGCCUGGGGCAAGAGGUGAGGUGCAGAAUGACCCCAAGGCACAGAGGAGAGUCGUGAUAGGACUGCACCCACUAGGUCCCCGUUUGAUUGGCAGCUCACCCAGUGCCCUCUCCUUGAAUCCGUCUCAGGUUCAGUCCCCACAGUGGCUGUGUGCACCCUGGGCUCAUGACAUUGCUGAGGUCAGCAUCCCUACUCUGGGCGCUCACCCAGUCUGGCCCAGGGAAGUUAUUUCUGAGAAUGAAACGUCUCCUGAAUCCCACACUCUAUGGCCACUUCCAGGCAGCCCUCCUCAGGACCUGGGGCCCCAUCCACCUCCUUCUCCUGUUGGCCGUGGUGAGCUGCUAGGACUUUGCCAUGUCUGGGGCUCCAGGUCCCGUGGACCCUGUCUCCCCUCACACGCAGGCUGCCCAGGGCCUGCAUCCAGCUCUGCCCAUGGGGAGGCUGCCCUGCCAGGGUCCUCAAGCUGCCCUGACUGGGCUAGAGAGAGGCCCCUACCCUAUGCACCUGCCCCUCACAGGAGCUGCCCCCUCAAGAGGAGGCUGAGCUCUGCUCUCUCCAUCAUCUGGUCCCAAAUGCAGCCUCUGCUGCCCCAGGGGUGAGCAGAGGGACAGGCCCUGGGAAGCAGUCCAGGAAGAGCCUCCUGCUCCACUUCCGCCCCUGCCUGUCGUGCUGCCCUUUGGGCAUUCUGGCCAGCUGGUUCUAACACAGCUGUGUUUGUGGUGAGCAGUUCUGUUGAGACAGCCAAGGCUCUUCAUGGGGACAAAGGGAAGACACCCUCCUGUUCUGACUCCUCCCUGGUGGCCCUGGAAAGGUCCCACCCUAACCCACACUUUGUCAGAUACCAAAGGUGCCUGGUUUACCUGCCUCACACUGCACAGGGUGUCCUCAGAGCCAGGUGCCUCACUGGCUCCUCCUUCCCGCAGGUCAAGACACCUGGGUUAAAGGGCCUGCACCAGCUGAGGUCCGCCUGCGUCAUGCCUCCCUAAUUCACCCCAGCAGCCAUUGAGCAGCUGCUUCCUGGGCUCCAGGAGUGGGCCUGGACUUCCCUGUGGAGCUGGGGCUUCCUGCCCAGGCAGAGGCCCAGCCAAGGCUCAGCUGUGAAUUUGUGCUCAUGCAACUCCAUCUCGUCUCCAUCAUCACUGAGUCACAGUUCCCAGUGUCUGCAUCACUGCCACCCUUGGUGUCUAUCAUUAGAGAUGAUAGGAAAAGGUGUCGAGGUAGGACCCAGGGCAAUGCUCCCCUAGGGUCAGACCCUGAGCCUUCACUCAACUUCAGACACAGCCUCAUGACUAGGAGGGCAGAGUCCCCAGGACAAAAGACAGUGCCAUGCGAUGGCUGUGGACACACCCUUACACCCGAGUCCUUCCCACAGACCAUGUGGACAUUGCUUGGGCAAUGGACCCAAGGACAGGGGACUCCAGAGGUGCUGGGCACAGUGGACAUAUAGGAGCAGGUGAGGGUCUCGACACCCAGAGUGUCAACAUGACUCCUUGUCCACUGGGUGCGGGGGCACCAAGGGGUCAGCAGGGUCCAGAUCCAAAGUCCACUCACAGUGGGCUUCAGGCCACAGACCCUUCCAGCAGGCACUUUCCAUUCCUCAAAUGAGUGACUGGAACAGGAGCAACAGAGGUUGGCAGAAGCCACGCUGGGUGGGUGGCCUGCUGUGCAGGAGUCAGCAGAGUGUGGUCAGCCAGGUGAAAGGGCCCGGGUGCUCCCCUCUAGCUACCCCCAGCCAGAGAAUACUCACCCUGGUAGAGCCAUGAACAGAGCCUCCUGGGUCAGGCACUGGCCAUCUGCCCUCCGCCCCUUUGCCAGUCUGGUCCUGCAGGAGAGAAGGCUCUGGUGGAGGAGCGUGGACUGCUGCAGACCCGCCCCAGGGAGCCCAGGAAUAGCAGAAAGCCAGGUGGGGAGGUCUCGGAUCUGGGUGUGCGGGCGCUGGACGUGGUGGGCUUUUCAUGAGUUCUGUGCGUGCACAUCCACUUCUGCUGCCAUUGUUGGUGACACUUGAAGUCUUUCCUUCCCAGGUCACAUCCAGCUUCUAAUGUGUGGCCAACACAGAGUGAUCUCCUGGACUCCCUACUCUGGACGUCUCUAAUGGUUUUCCCUGGCCCAGAGCUCCUCUGUGGUCACCUUGGGUCCUUGCUGGCCUAGUGGCCACUCUUCCUCCGUUCUUUCCCUCCUUCCACAGGGCUCGGAUCUUCCCUGAUACACGUCCUACCCAGCACUUCCCCGGAGUUUGCAUUUCACAGGAUGUGGGUGGGAAGGGCGUCCCAGUUUCUUGCUGGUCAGUGUUGUGGUCAUGGGCGUGAGGGGGGCCUUCGCUGUGCUCUACGCAGGUGAGGGAGGGGUGUUUCAACAGGACAACUAUGGGCACGGGGCUCUAGCUCAGCAGCAGGGAGCCCCAGGAGGAGGCCUGGGCAUCUUGGUCUCUGGGGGUCCCCGUGGGGGUGUGGGCCCUAGGGUUUGGCAGGAGUAAGCGUUUGGCCUAAGCAUCUGGUUGGGCUUUGGGCAGCGCAGGUGUCGGGGGAAUUCAGAGGCAUCCUGCUCAAGAGCAGGCAGGGGCAACAUGGUCCCUCAGCUGAGCGGCACUGGGCCCUGUGAGCUUGGAGCUGGAGAAAAGUCCCUCCUGGCACUACAUGUGGGACGCUGGCCAAGAGGCAUCUACAGCCUGAGGCUGGGGAGCCAUCUCAAGAGGAGGACAGCAGGAGGAAGCCCUGAGCCCCAAAGGGACCACCCCACCCACUAGCGUUUCAGGACGGCGGAGGACCUGCCUGCCUAGGAGGUCGAGGAUGGCCCAGGGGCAUGUCUACGCCAACCCCUUGGAAGGCCAGGUGGCUCCUGGCAGUCCGGGCAGCACUGCUGGGGUGUGGCCAGUCCCAGAUGGCUGCCUCAUGGUCCCUCUCCCCUGGAGCUUUCUCCUCAGACUUCCCUCUCUGACCGAUGCAUCUGGCCCCCACCCUACCCGCCUCACACAGCACUGGGAGGCUGAGUCCUGGUGCAUGAGGGCUGGCUGUCAGCAGUUCUGGUCGGGAGGAGGAGGCUUUGUCCAAGCCUGGAGGGCUCUGCCUCUUGCCUGUGACUGAGGCAUCAUGGCCACCCACAGUCCUGAGUUGGACCUGGAAGGCAGUGGGCAGCCACUGCCUCUCAGCCGUCUGACUUGGGGUCUUCCUGGGGUGGGUGGCCAGGACAUGGGGGGGGCUCUGGUCGGUGGUCUGACAGUGGUCUUUCUGGGUCCCUGGGGUGAGGGUGGGGACACUGGGGCAAGAGGACCCGCCUUGCUCCCAGGCUCCAGGCUGUAAUUUGUGCUAUAUUUAGCAAGCAGAGCUGGUGGGCAGGGAGGCAGGCCGCAGGGCUAUAAGCAGACUUGGUGCCCACCCUGGAAGUGCAAGUCCCAGCAAGGAAGAGACGGCGCUGGAACCCAUGGACACGUCCUACCCCCGUGAGGGCCCCCGGGCCUCCACUCCCCGCAAGGUUGACGGUGCUGCCCACACAGCCCUGGUGCUGGGACCGCCAAGCCCCCCGCCUCGCGACCACUUGAUCUGGUCAGCCUUCAGCACACUCUACCUGAACCUGUGCUGCCUCGGCUUCCUGGCGCUGGUGCACUCCAUCAAGGCCCGAGACCAGAAGGUGGCUGGGGAUCUGGAGGCAGCACGGCGAUACGGCUCCAAAGCCAAGUGUUACAACAUCCUGGCUGCGAUGUGGACGCUGGUGCCUCCGCUGCUGCUGCUGGGGCUGGUGGUGACUGGUGCCCUGCACCUCUCCCGCUUGGCCAAGGACUCUGCGGCCUUCUUCAGCACCAAGUUUGAAGACACAGACUAUGACUGACAGGCUGGGUCCUGUCCUCUCCUGUCCCUGGACCCCAACCCUUGAAGGCCUUGAGCUGGAUGCUGGCUCUCAUAGGGCCUUGAGCUGUGCCGUCCCCUGACCCUGGAGGCCCCUGGCGGCCCCUGGCCCAACCUGGCUACCCAGUGCUGACCAUUCAGACCCCAGGGACCUGGCCCUAACCCUGAGGGUCCCUAACUCCUACCUCUGACCCUUUCCUCUUACUCACCAGGCUCCAACCUCCAUCACAAUUAAAAGUGCCAGGUCCCUGACAUGCCUCCAGGGCCUCCUUCCUGGCUUCAGUGUGGGGGGGUGCUGCGGGGGUGGCUGCUGUGGGGACUCCCCCAGGCCCACCCUCCCUCACCCUGCUCUGCUCAGCUGUUCCCGACUGUCCCCCUUCACUGUGCCACAGGGUGGCCUGUGGCGACGGGGUGGAGGCGCCCGAGUGUUUCAG